AUGCCAAAUUUGGAGGCAGGAAAAAUAAAACGUAGAUCUUCACUUGGAGCUCUAGCGGCUGGCAUUAUGGAAGGAGCAUUAAUCAUGGCAGUGGUUGGUUAUCUUAGUGUUGCUGCUAUGCUUAUGCUCAUUGAUUGCAAGUAUGCUAUUCUUACGUCAGGUGGCAGGGCAGGUGGCCGAUCUAUCAUCAUGGAUACUAAGGUACCACUUAUUCCGCCAGACUCCUCAGAUGAUGAGGAUGAGGAUGAGCGCCACCCUCCCACCCCAUCAACAGAUCUAACGUAUGGAGACGUAGGACUAUAUGCACUGGGCUCGGGGGGCAAGCGACUAGUAGACAUUGCAGUUGUUGUGUCUCAAGUCGGGUUCUGCUGUGGAUACCUGAUAUAUUUAUGUAAAAAUCUUAGUAUAUACUUGCCAAGAUUUAGCCAGCGAUUGUGGCUGAUGCUCCUGUUGCCUCCUCUUUACUGCCUCACACUAUUGAGGCAUCUUAAUAAGCUGGCCAUUUUCAGCUUAUUUGCACAGGUGUCAAAUGUGCUUGCUUUGACUGUAGUAUUUUGGUUUGAUUUCUCUCAUUCAGAGGAGGUACCAUUUACUCCGAAAGAAUUUUCCAUCAAGGGAUUUCCGUUCUUCUUUGCCGUUGCCAUCUACUGUUACGAGGGUGCAGGAAUGAUCCUUUCUCUGGAGGAAUCGAUGGCUGAGCACAAGCGUGAUAAAUUUCGUUCUACAUUUGUUUGCACUAUGACAGGUUUAACAAUGCUCUACAUCUGCUUUGGAGUGUCUGGCUAUGCAUCAUUUGGACCACAUACAAUGGAUAUCAUCACCCUGAAUCUUCCUCAUGGAAGUGGAACUGUAGACUUUGCAGCCAUGGUCAAGAUCUGCUUGGGUGUCUCCCUCUUUUUCACAUACCCCUUGAUGAUGUUUCCUGUCACACACCUCUUGGACAAAACAUUUGGUUUUGCUACUGUGCCUUACAGAGGGAACAUCAUGCGGUUGAUACUGGUAAUAAUGACUGGGAUGGUGGUGAGUGCAGUACCCAAUUUUGCCAUCCUCAUGAGUUUAAUUUGGUGCAACUUCAGUACUCUUUGUGGCUUUUAUUCUCCAGCAGCCUUUCAUCUUGCAAUAUUCAAACAGCGAUUAACCAAGCGGCAGAAGUACUUUGACAUUUUGUUGAUUGUGCUGGGUGUUCUUGGAUCCAUUGUUGGUCUGUGGGAUGCACUCAACCGCAUGAAUGAAGGUCAUGAAGCACUGCUCAAAGUUGAUGAGUUAUCUUCAGUAAAAAAUGGAACCCUUCACAAUAUUAAUAUAUCUGUGUCUGCUUCGCAAGUUGGUUAUCAGCAUCAACUCUCUGCCAAUGUGUUUUCCAGUGUAUCUAUGGCAGAAGAGAAUUUUAGCAAAUUUAACAGAACGGAAGGUUUGGUCCAAAAUAGCACUAAACCAAAGACUCGUAUGGUUGUUAAUAAUUCAGCAGUUGUACCAACAAAAACAGCAAAAUGGGCAGAUAAAAGUAACUCAUCAGUACCAACUAGUGUAAAAGAUGUUAAAGUUUUAGUAAAUAAUAGCACUACAACCACUUUUGCAUCUGAGUAUUCUAGUCUAGUUGACAAAAAAAAUUCAGAGACUGCCUUGAAAUGGACUAGCAGUGCACCAUCAGAAUUCCAAAAAUAUUUAGCUGUAGCUCAUAUGAAAACUUCAGUUGCAUCUACACAGAAAAUUCAAGAUAGUGCACUUCCCACAAAACAGCUUGCUCCAGGAACCCUUCAACAUGUCAGUUCAAAGGAUAGCCAAACCUGAAUAUUGUUCAUGUAUAACAUGUUAAUAUUGUACAUUAUUGUAAGGUUAUGUAAAUACGUAUAAUAACAUGGCUGUAUAAAAUAUGUUUUCAGGAUUUUGGGGAUAUAGUAUUGAUAUAGUAGCUUCCUGGUUUAUUCAUACUUCCAAUAAAGUACCGUAUAGCUAAAAAUUUAUUAAGAAAGUGCAGAUAUGCAUUUCAUGUGUUUUUUAAAUGAAUACAUAAAGUGAAAACUGAUAUGGUUAUUAA